AAAAAUAGAAGUUAAUAUGACGUCACAAAAUGGAGGUUCAGUGGAAGUGAAACUUUUAGAAAAUAAAAUUUAAGUGUUUGAAAGCGUCUUUUACUGGAAUGAAAACUGCUUUCAAGGGCGUUAUAUUUUAGAGAUACAUCGAUUUAAUUGUGACAGGAUGGCAUCACUGAAUAAUGUACCGAAAGACAUCCUCGAGAGCAUGCGAGGAUGUCUUGACAGAAGGGUCAAGUUGUCAAUUAAACGACUUGUCAACUACAGUGUGAAAAAAGACAAGCUUGAAAAAAGAGUUUUGGCAUUCUCAGCACACAGACUGUACAUGUUUACAGCCAAGUCAGCAAAGGAUGUAAAGAAAGAGCUUGACUUCCACUAUCUUGACAUCAAAUCCAUAGAGAGUAAGAGACCAAAUCAACUUGUGAUCACCACCUCCUUAAUGAACAAUAAAUCAUUCACAUUCACCACAUUGGAGGCUGAUACAGAUGAGGUAGAUCAUAUCAUCACCCACAUCGGAACUUCCCUGCAAACUGUCUUCCAUGCAUACCCUCUAAAAAGGUUGAUAAAAACCAUUGAAGUUCAGCCACCAUCUCGACUGAAUCUAAUGAAUGAUUUGAUACGAACCAUUGAACAAAAGGAAACGGGACCAUGUGGAGGGUUUACCCUCAUGUAUUCAUGUAUGUGUGAAUUCCAUUACCUGCCAUACAGAGAUGAAGUGGCUUGGGAUGUUGACACAAUAUACUUGUCACAGGACUCCAGAGAAUUAUGCCUUAGAGAUUUUGACCAUUUGAAAGAAAGAGAUUUGGUACCAAUUGUGUCGGCACUGGUUCACAAUACAUGGUUUACCAGUCUGAAUGCAAACAAUGUGAAACUGGUAAGUCCUUAUGCACUGGCACAUUUAUCAUACAGUUAAACAAGGAAGUUGAAAGUUAUCACAGGGACUAUU